AGAAAAUGGCGGCGAAAACAAAAACAUUUGCGUCUGCUGGGAUGAAAGCGAUGAUGAAGCCCGUGAUCAGCACAGAUGUGAUGGGAAAUCGGAAUGUUGAAAUCAGGCCCGUCGGUGCCUGGGUUCAGCCAGCUACUGAACAGAUAAUCAACAGUCAUCCCAACGCAAUAGAAGCAGCGGUGGAGGAGGAGAAUCGGAUGUAUCAAAUGCAACGUGAGAAAGAGGACCGUCUGAGACGCUUCCAGGAGGAGGUGAAGAAAAGAGUUCGGCAGCUAGAUAGGCUAAAGAAACAACAGCAGGCACAGUCGAUGGUUACCGCUAUUGAGCGAGAACGGCUAAUAGUUAGGCAGAGUACAUUAUCAGCUCAGCGUCUGUCAGCCCGAAAAGACAGCUGCUCAGUGAGAUCACACCAGGGCUUGAGCAUUAAGUCCAGAGCAACACCAAAUACACAAGGAGGCGUGGCACACAGUGAACCGUCAACCACGACACACGCCUUCUCGGACCAGACAGACCAGGUGCAUGAGUUCACGAGUGAGGCAAGGCGCAAGCUUGGGGGCAGACAGAUAUUGACGGACAACUUCAUCAGUGAUGAUCUGCCUGGAGGUGUGUGGAGGGUGUCCCAUACAAGAGAUCACCCAUCAUCUCGACACAUGAGAGAUGGAGAUGUCCUUGACCUUGACAGUGACAACAGCAAUACUGAGGACACCGAGGACAGAGACGAUGAUGUUGAUGAAGAGAAGUACACACAUGAUGAGAAUGAGGAGGAAAGUGAAAAUCGAUGGCGGCGACAGAUGAAGAGUGUACACUUCGAUCUUUCACCCCCACAGGCAGAGACAAGACAAGAGAGGAUCCAGCGACGCAGUGUGCCAACAAUGACAGGCACAGAGCUGCACCGCCCAGCCCCAGUCGUGUCUGUCCCUGACAUCUACUCGGGGGUGACGAUGGAAGAGAACCGACGCCGACAGCGGAGUCAGACCGCUCUCUACCGCCGACUUUUCAUGGACCAGGAGCGUGAGCAAGUAAAGGAGAAUCUUCGUCGACAGGAACAUCGGAAACGGAUUCAGAAACUGAAGCAAGACAAGGAGGAGGCUCGUCAGGAGGAGGAGGAGUUGGCAUUACGCUUGGUGCAGCCUCGAGACCCGAUGACCGGGGAGACAUCGGAUGAAGCAUUCCUCCGGGACCAGCUGGAGCAGUCUCACAUCCGGGACACCUUGCAACAACAUGAGCACACCCGGCGGAGACACAAGGAAAUGGAGAGAUAUGUAGAGGCAUUACGCCAUAACCUCCGUGAGAAGAUAGUGAAGAAAGGGGUACAGUUACCUCCCUUGUGUUGCUGUGGCGACUCGCUGUGGGACACGAACCCUGACACCUGUGCCAACAACUGUUUCUUCUAUAAGAACCCUAAAGCGUACGCCAAGGCGCUGCAGUCUCUCCUGGUGUCCUGUGAAGUUGUCUGACCCAUGCUUCCUCCUAAAAACACUACAGCCGUCAACCACCAUGACUGCAGUCACUGACCUGUGAAGUUGUCUGACCCAUGCUUCCUCCUAAAAACACUACAGCCAUCAAGCACCAUGACUGCAGUCACUUAUCUGUGAAGUUGUCUGACCCUCGUUUCCUCUACAGAACAGUAUGUGCAUCAACCUCCAUGACUGCGGUCACUGAUCUGUGAAGUUGUCUGACUCUCGAUUUGACUACACAAGAGUAUGUCCAUCAAGCAGCACCAUGACUGUCUGACUUUCACUCUCUCCAGCAGAACAGUAUGUUCAUCAACCGCCAGCAACCAUGUCAUUAUCAACAGUCUCUCCUGGUGUCCUGUGAACUUGUCUGACCCAUGCAGACCAGUAUGUCCAUCAGUUACCACUCAUCUCUGUCAGUGAAAGUUGCUUCAAUGAACUAAACAUUUAGAUGACAGAGCAUUUUGCAGAGGAGAUCUGAUGCUGUUGAUUUACAUCUGGUGUGUUCCUGACAUGGUUGAUCUGACCAUCAGGCUAAUUCUGAACAGGUGCCCAAUAUCACUUUUGGGUUGGACAAUCAGUGUUGUCCUGGGUGGUUGCCAGACCAUCAGUUCUACUCUGUUCAGUGAUAUGAACGUCGCUUAUAUCAUUAAACCUGAAAACAUCACUGAAACGGUAUAGUUUCACUACUUCAGCAAUUCAUUAGAGUGAGGGAGUGUAUGUUGUUUUAUUAUUUAUGUUGUGAAUAAUCUCGAAACAGGCAAUCAAGAGAAUGGCAAUCAAGUCAGGGCGGCCAUGUGCUCUGCUAGGUAUUUAACAAAGUCAGGGCGGCCAUGUGCUCUGCUAGGUAUUUAACAAAGUCAGGGCGACCAUGUGCUCUGCUAGGUAUUUAACAAAGUCAGGGCGGCCAUGUGCUCUGCUAGGUAUUUAACAAAGUCAGGGCGGCCAUGUGCUCUGCUAGGUAUUUAACAAAGUCAGGGCUGCCAUGUGCUCUGCUAGGUAUUUAACAAAGUCAGGGCGGCCAUGUGCUCUGCUAGGUAUUUA